AUGGCGUUUGGAAUGAAAACUACGAUAGUGUCAAUGGCCAUAAUUAUAAUGAUAGUAGCAACGACCGCCACCGAAGCUGAUGGCCGAAUUCAUAUCCGACGGAGCUUAGCUGAUUUUGGUGGAGGUUGUUGCAACGUCUUCAUUCACACUUGUUGUUUUCCUCACCAUUAACUUCUUCAUUUCUUAUUAUAUAUAUAUAUUUUCCCUUUCUCCAAGCUAUAUAUUUAGAUAAGUGGGAGAUUGAACAUAAUUAAACAUGGAUUAGCGAUGUAUAUACGAGCCAAGUCUGUUAUA